CAGAAUGCAGCAAUUAGGUUGGGGCUGGCUAAAGAGGCGGUCAUAGGGGGAGCUGCCUAUCCGGAGAGCCUGCGGGAACAGCUGGGCUGCGGGAGAAUGCCAGAGGCAGACGGGCGCUGGGGGGAUGAGUUUCUGCAAAGUUUGACCUGGUUGUCUUUCGGAUGCCGCAGCAGAAACUGAGGCAGGCAAGGGGGCUUCGCUAAGGUAGAAGGCGGCGGCAGCGGCCACGAAGCUGACAGCACAUACUUAAAUUAACACAAUGAUUAUAAAAUAAACGAAGAGGUUGGGGGGGGGGUGAUCAAGCCAAAUUAACAGCCCCGCCGCCCCCAACCGAGCCCACCCUGAGAAACACCUCGCAAGCUAGAGAAGCAGGGCUCCCCAAGCUUCGCUGCCCCACCUUUGUCUUGCAGGAGGAACCUGACCCUCAGACCAGUGUCCGAGCCCAGCUUGGGGCAGGGAGGAGGGGACUGGUUGUGGUGGCACGGGUGUGCAAAUGCUAUCUAUGAUCGAGGGGCAACUCGCCCGCCCGCUGCAGGAGGAAGGGGCAUCGGAAGGCAAAAAAGCCGCUGGGGUGUCAAAAUUUGGAACCUGCUAGAGGGGGCAGGUGAGUCGGAGGUGAUUCUUCGGUCGCCGUGUGUGCCCCCAAGUUCCCCCAACAGAGGCUAAGCCGGAGGCAAACAGGCACACAAAUAGGACAGUGAACCUGAGCCCGCAGGAGUGGGGGGUGCGGGGGGGCGCCAGUGGAGGGAGAGCCAACGAGAAUAAAACCCGAGCGUGGGGCAAUCUAUGCCGGGCGCCCUCUUUCUGCGCCCGAGUGGAGGCCGGCAGAGUAGAUCCCUACGGAUGAACCGCGGAGCGGGCUGCUGAAGACGAAGAGGAGGCGGAGGAAGGAGGAGCCGCCGGGGAAGGCUAGAUCUCUCAGCCUGCCAGCCAGCGAGCGCCAGGGCCGGCGGGGGGGGAAGUGACACGCUGCCGACUGCAGCAGUGUCAGCCCGAGCUACGAGCGCCCUGGCCCCGGAGGACCAGCACCCGGGAGGGCUGAGGACCCUCGGGGCUCCGGGAGGCAGCGAACUGGACGGCAGCGCCCCCUCCCCCUCCCCCUCCCCUGGCCAGCCAGGUCCUCGCACCAGCGAACAGGGGGACGAAGCGAGACACCCGAGUAGGACAGCGGCUGAGAGCUACGGGAGACAAGACGGGGAGAGUCAGAUCACUGAGGGAGGAGGAGAGCUGCCUGAGUCCACCAGCCCUAGGGGGGGAAGAGAGCGAGUUGCAAAGCGAUCAACAACGUGGUGCAAUGUAGGAAACUGUUAGAUCCCCGCUCCGAAGAUCGGAAAUAGCUUUUUUUUUUUCUCGUGAGGUGGUGCUUUCUUUUACCCCCCCACCCCCACUCCUCCCUCUUCUGCUUAAAACAAACCAGGGCCACCAAAGAGUGAGAACCACUUGGGAGCUACUGCUGCUCUUCCUUCGGAGUUUAUUUCUUGGGAUAUUUAUUGCAGGCUUGGGAACAGCCCUAAGCCCAUCUUUGGGCUUCUGGAAGCCUCAAAUCAUCGCUAAACUGGAGGUGUCUUGUUUUUCUUUCCUGAUUUAACAAAAACUGCUAUUUAAUUUAUUACUGUCACUGUGUGUGUGUGUGUGUGUGUGAAAGACAGAGCGUGUGUAAAGAGAGAAGGGGCAGGAAGUAGAUUUUCUGCAGAAAGGGCGGCAGGAGCGUGGACGGUAUAUAGCCUUCCUUAUUUAUGUGUCUGUCAGCAUUCUCCUUCAUCCAAAGAAUCAAGGGAAAGUAUCUAACCUGUGUUUCCCAGUGAGCGAAGCACAAGGAAAGACUGGGGAUAUCAAAGCAUCAUGAUUAUGUAUUGAACUUCAAACUAAAAAACAAAAAAAAACCCAAAAACAAAACCCAAAGAAUAUCCAAGAUUUCUCCCACUGUUCGAGGAAGAAGAGAGGCCCCACUGCUCCUGAAAUGUAGCAAAAUCCUUCCUUAUUUAUAAACGGGCUAAAGAUACUGAUAUGAAAAGGCCCCUCUACUCGAAUUUUCUAUCCUAUGGAUAUCAGUCUUGAGAUUUCGAAAUAGGAAGAUCUGUAUUGGAUCUAGCAGCAACUAUCAUUUCAAUGCCUAGUCUUCCCUGGGACUGUUGGCAUUUCCUAGAAAUUAAACUGGUACUGUAUGCCAUGGGCUGUAUUCAGAGCAUCAGCAGCAAAUCCAAAAUUUUCCGAGAAAGUAUUUCGGUGAUUGAUGUGAAAGCCUCUAUUGACCCUAUCCCCACCAGCAUCGAUGAGUCGUCCAGCGUGGUUCUCCGCUACCGGACACCACACUUCCGCGCCUCGGCCCAGGUGGUCGUUCCGCCAAUACCCAAGAAGGAGACCUGGAUUGUUGGCUGGAUCCAAGCGUGCAGCCACAUGGAGUUUUACAACCACUAUGGGGAGCAGGGCAUGUCCAGCUGGGAGCUCCCAGACCUUCAAACAGGGAAGAUUCAGGCCAUCAGUGACUCAGAUGGGGUGAACUACCCCUGGUAUGGUAACACCACAGAGACCUGCACCAUUGUGGGCCCCACCAAAAGAGACUCCAAGUUUAUCAUCAGCAUGAAUGACAAUUUCUACCCCAGUGUCACGUGGGCAGUGCCGGUCAGCGAGAGCAACGUGGCCAAACUGACCAGCAUCUACCGAGAUCAGAGCUUCACCACUUGGCUGGUGGCCACCAACACAGCAACCAAUGACAUGGUCAUUCUUCAGACACUGCACUGGAGGAUGCAGCUGAACAUCGAGGUGAAUCCCAACAGGCCUUUGGGACAACGUGCCAAGCUCCGGGAGCCAACUGCCCAAGAGCAGCCCCAGAUCCUGAGUAAGAAUGAGCCAAUACCACCCAGUGCCCUUGUCAAACCGAAUGCCAAUGAUGCUCAAGUCCUCAUGUGGAGGCCGAGAGAUGGGCAGCCUCUUGUGGUGAUACCUCCCAAACACCGGUAACGAGCAGGGGUCCUGGCACUGAAUGGGAGGAGAACACGCUCUGAUCUGCUAGUUUAAGACAAACAAAUAAUAAUAAUAAUGAUCAAAACAAAGUCAAAAUGCACUUUUUAGUCAUUCAACAAAAAUGCAACCAUUCUUACCUUCUCCAGUGGGACGGAUUUCACUGUGCUAAAGUUCCAGGAAGACCUCACCUGGGGGUUUCCUCAUCACCUGCUUUCUAAGGAGCAGGAGAAGGGCAGUGGGGAGAGGAGGAACAAAGCAAAAACACACAAUCCCUUUUCAUUUCCACUUUCAGCCUUUGGUUUUCCCCUCUCUCUUUUCCCUUCUCUGGUUAUAAUCUGAGUUUCAAUUACUCGCUCGAAACAGACUUGAUGAAACAAAAAACUUUUGAGUUUUUCUUUUUCUUUUUUCCCUCUUCUCUGCGAGGUUCACGGGGAGGGGGUGUGAGGGGAGUCCUCUCAUCAGUGAAACCCAAGAUCUUGGAGCAAUCCAACUGACCCUCAUUUUAUUGAUGACCUAUUUUUUUUCAAUUGAUAAAGAUUUGCAACCUCCUCCCCCUACCCCAAUCAUGCGGCCUUAUAUAGAUUUUGCUUUGCCAAAAUUUUGCCUU